CGCGGGUGCUGGCGGAGUGCGCUGCAGCGUGGGGCGUGUCGCCUUACGGGUGGCGGGUGGGGGGCGACUGUGAGAGGGCGGAGUACAUUGCAUGCGACGCCAACGGGCUCAUCAUUCGCAUGUGGGCUCGAAUGUUACAUCUAAGUGGAUCCAUCCCAAGGUCCAUCCCAACUGCGCUUGCCACUCUCACCUCUCUCACCACGCUCAGCCUGUGCUACAACGGCCUGGAGGGCCCCAUUCCUGCUUCCUUCAGCGCACUCGCCUCGCUCAGCCAGCUUGAUCUGCAAUACAACAAUCUAAGCGAGUCCAUUCCAGAUGACAUCUCACACAUGACUGCUCUUACAAGCCUCUAUCUCUCCAACAACCAGCUCUCUGGCGCCAUUCCCUCCGGCAUUGGUGCACUCACGCGCCUCGAACUGCUUUAUCUCUCCAACAACCAGCUGUCUGGUGCCAUUCCCCACGCCAUUGGCGCCCUCAAGGGCCUCGUGCACCU